UCAACUAGGGUUUGCGGUGCAUCCUGGGAAAAUAACCAACAUGGGGUCUUGAAACCAUGCAGUGCCUACACGGUUCUCGAAGGGACAUGAACAAUAACUAGCAAAUUAGCCGAAAACGACUGCUUUCUCUGGGAUAUCGUAAUUCAACACGGAGGUGUAUGGGCUGUGCAUCCCUGCAAUGUGACUGUCUGGUUUGUCUGCUACAAUGUGUGCCUGCUGCUCAAAAAAGCUCCAUCGGGGAAGGGAAGCUUUCACCGGAUGAUGGACAGGAAUUAUCCGACGUCAAGCUUUGUGGACCCGCUGGUUCCACCAGCACAGACCGUGGCUUCUUGGGCCUAUGAACGCAGCACAUCGAGUAUCAAGUCAAGUUCCGGUUAUGGGGCAGCACACCUUGACACAGAUCUCCUCCAGCGACCAAGCUAUGUCUCCUCCCACCAGCUCCCCACGUACACCACAUCUCCCCACCCCACAGGUCUCCCUGGAGUGUUUGACUCAAGUGGUCAUACCUCUGAAACUUCUAUCAUGAGCUUCCUGUCCGCCAUGGAGUCCAGAAGCCUUCAGGCUGGUCCUGUCAGUGCCUCACUGCUCCCCCCCUUCAGGACACCUUCAUGGCCCGCCGGCACCAACUCCUCGACAACAGAGCUGUACUUGACCGGUGCCCUGCCUCCAACAGCCACUUUCCCCUCACCCGCCACCCUCUCUUAUCAGCACACUGGUGCCUUCCCUUCGAGGAGCUAUGCUUCCACCCCGUCUUUGGCCCUCCAGGAUCCGGCCUCCUUCAGCACUUCCACCAACGGCCUCUUCUCUCACCACGAUCCCCUCCUCCACCUUAAACCCAGCCAGACUGUCCUCCCCACAGCCCUGGCCUUCAACCAUCUCUCUUCUCCCACCCUAGGCACCGCUCUGCCCAUUCAGUCCUCCACCUAUCGUUCUGCCCAGGAGUCCGCCCCCCAUCUUCUCCAGCCCCAGUUCAGCCUACUGUCCUCUCCCCUGCCAGUGUCCCACACCACCUCUCAACCGUAUGCGGCCCCAGUCUUCUCAGGCUCUAUUGAGAGAGCGCUUCAGCGAGAAUGUAGUGUGAUCAAACACCUCCAGAGGCCUUCCAGUAGCCACACGGUUGCAGACCAACUCACUAGCUCUCAGCACUCGUUAGAGGGGUAUUUGGGCGCAGCCAGUGGAACGGAGAUGUCCUACCAACAGGACCCCUCCAAUCAUAGUACAGUCUCCUGCAGCCCCCCCACAGUGGAAGGCUCUUCCCAGGGUGCCAAUGGUGCCCAGCAGAGCAAAGCAGAGUCAGGAACCCAAGCCUAUUCAGCCUCUUUGGCAGCCAAGGCAAAAGACUGUUCUUCCAAGCAUCCUCCUGCAGGCAGAGAGGGUCAUGGACACCCCCAGAGCCUGCCAGGAAGAUCUCCCGAGAGCUAUUCCUCCCCUGGGCACAAGCAGAACUCUGUCAUAGCAAACCAACAGCCGGUGGAUCUGCCCAGCCUCCUCUCCACCAGUCUCCCUCAAUCCUACGUUGCGUCCCGCAGCCAGCCCCAAACCGUUUCAUCCAACUCCGACAAGCUGCCUUCCCUUUACACAACUCUUCCUACAUUCUCCAGCCAUUCUGCCUCUAUUAAUCAGACACUUCUCUACUCCUCCAGUCCUGGGCUCAGCCAGGAGCAAGUGGUUCAGUAUGGAACCCACGUCCAUGCCUUGUGUCAGGGCAAUCUGUCGGAGAGCUACUCCUCCUCCCACGCCCAGGGGGCUCCUAGCGUAACGUACUCGUCUCAGUCGCAGGGGCAAGUUUCCCUCCCUCAGUCGCAGAGUUAUGUCCCGGGACAGUCUUUGAACUCCCCGUACCCGUCCACGGUUACCCACAGUCUGCCCACGUCUAAUUCUACGCAGGGCUACACCCUGAUGCAGUCACCAGUGGGAGGGAAAACUGAUGACAACCAGCCCCAACCCCAAACCCAGUCCCAGAAAUACCUGAUGUCUGCUCCGUUGGCCAGUUACUCUGCAGCUGCUCAUUCACAGUCACAGUUACAGAACAAUAUCAGGCCUUCAGUACAGGAACUAAAGGUCAUCUAUGGCAAGCACAAAUUAGAAGAGCUUCCCAUACAGGACUUGCAGGUUUCCAUGGAGACCAAUUCCCACAGCAAUAUGUCAGCCCACAACAAUGUUGUUUAUGUUGUGUCAAAAAUGGAGGAUCGCUACAAAACGCAGAGUGUCAUCCGGAGCAAUUCACGUGAGGAUCAUCUCAUGGGACUGGAGCCUACCAACAUGGUCCAGGUGAAGGAAGAAAGGCUUGACUCUUACCACCAACAGCACAUCCAGUUAGGCAGUAGCCAGGGAACGACUGACCCCAAAACGACACACUCGACUAUUAUCUCUUCACAUUUGGGCCUAAACGCAGAGCAGCUCAAACAACAUUCUGGCCUCCUCAAAUCUCCAGAAACGCAUCAGCAAAACCACCAGAACCAGGGUCUGGACCAGGGCCAGAACACCGAACCCCAGACCCAGUUCAUCAGAGUUCCUAACUCUCAGGUUACCCUUGAACACAACCAGAUGAUUAUGCUGCAGCAGCAGCAGCCCCUGGUCCACCACACUCAGAACCCCUCAAAGGUGGUUUCGCCACACAUGCAGUCCACACAGGCAUCAGGCUCCGUUCAAGUACAGUACCCCCACAUGGACGGAGAAAUGCUAAACCCCGGCAUCACUGAUGCCCAGAGUCGGCAGGGUGCCGUGCUGUCAGAACAGGGCUCGGGGGGCACAGACUCGUCUAAACUCAUCCAGCCAUCGAAAGAUCACUACAGCCAGGCUGUGAACCACCAGUCGCAUGAUGCCAAAAACCAAUUCACCCUGAACUCCAUUUGCUUCCCUGACUCCAUGCUGAUGGUGGACGACAGGAACAUUCUGUCCAAUGUCGAUGACAUUUUGGCAGCCACAGUGGUGGCCUGUGGUGUCACACCGCAGGACUUUGUCAAAGCGACGUCCGCCAUGGAAAGGGAAAUGGCAGUGAUGGCAAACCCAAUAGACUCUAAGGGUCACUUCCAGACGCUGGAUGUGAGGCAUAUGUCCCCGAGCUUCUCCGCAGCACAACAGCCUAUCAUGGCCAACACUAACUCCCAGACCAUGGCCAUGACACUAAACGGAGGUCACUCGACCGCAGACUGCCAGGGGCAUUCCGUUCACCCCAACAGCGGUUGUGACCUGAACCCCAACGUCGACCGAGGUAUAUCGGAGAGCGAUUACCAUCUGGCAAGCCGGGUCUUUGACACCUCCGGCCUCCAGAACAGUGGCCCGGGUAAAGGUAUCAAAAGGGAGGACGGCCUGAUGGAGUGUCAUGGCCCGGACGGCUUGCCCAAAAAGAAGGCCCGCAGCAAGUCCACCGCCCAAGAGGAGGAGAGCGGGCCGUGCCGGUUGGUGAAGCGCGGCGGGCCCGCCAAGCGGCAGAACUCUCGCGGCAGCGACACCGGCUCGUCGUCCUCGUCCACGCCAAGUGUGCCGUACGACGGGUAUCAGCAGCAGGAGCGCAUCCGGCAGAAGAUCCGGGAGGUGGAGGAGAAACAGCCCGAGGUCAAAACGGGCUUCAUCGGCUCCUUCCUGGACUUCCUGAAAUCGGGCCCCAAGCAGCAGUACUCGCCCAGCCCCGCGCGCACAGUCAGUCGCCCCAGGAAGCCCUCCAGCUCCUCCAAGCCGCCCGCCUGCCCCCCGCCCCCGCUGAACAGCAGGCCCCAGCUUCCCCCUGGGGGGCCCCUGAUGUCCCCCGAGGGCCUCGGCGGGAGCGGUCAUCAGAAACGCCUGGACGAGGACCUCCACAAGAACCUGGAGACCCUGCCGUCGUUCAGCUCGGACGAGGAGGACAGCACGGGGAAGAACCAAGCCCUGCGGAACAGCAUCAGCUCGGCUCUGUCGGCCCUGGACGAGGUGUCCGACCGGAGGCCCAGGCCAGACAUCAGAGCCCCUUGUUCCAUGAUGAAACAAGACCAAGCUCCCAGCAUGCCGCAGGCCAUCUCCGAGACGCGUGUGGCGCGGGCGGCUGCUCCCCCCAAAGCCGUCACGACCACCAACGCCUCGUCGGGGGGGAAGUGCUCUCCGGUGUCGGAGGGCUUGAAGGACUCCCUCCCCGGCCAGCUGGCCCUCCAGCUAUCCGGCGUGGCCAUCGAGGGGCUGACGGACGAGGAGCUCUCCGACAGCGGCGGAGAGGGGAUGUAUCGGGAGAGGGACGAGUUCGUGGUCCGCAACGAGGAUAUAGAGAACCUGAAGUUGACCAUGAGAGCCGGCCGGGAGCCUCCGUCCAUCUGGAAGGUUCAGAAGGCGUUGCUGCAGAAGUUUGUUCCGGAGUUGAGAGACCGGAAGCGGGUGUUCUCCGCCACCAACAGUUACCUUGGAUAUUUCGGUGACGCGAAGACCAUGUACCAGCGGGUGUACGUGAAGUUCCUCGACACGGUCAACAAGCGGGAGUAUGUGCGUGUGUGCAGCCGCAAGCCGCGCUGCAAGCCCAUGAGCUCCCUACGGGGAGCCCAGGUGAAGACCCUGCUGGGCCUGUCGAUAGGGCCGUGCGCCGUGGCCCUGGGCCAGAAGCCGCGGGCCAAGCAGCCCAAGCCCAGAGCGGAGCCCCCGCCCAAGAAGAGGAGGAAGUGGAAGGAGUUUUCCUCCACCCUCUCCGGCUCCUCUGCUGAAGACGGCGGGGACGACGAUGAGUUCACGCCCCCGCUGCCCUUCUCCUCGAGGAACCUCAACACGCGGACCAUGAAGGAGACGUUCCGGAGCUUCGUGGAGCUGCUGGUCGGCGUGGCGAUGGACGAAGACGUGCUGACGGCGCUGGAGAGGGAGAACGAUGAGCUGCUGCUGCCCCACAUGAAGCGGGUGGACGGGGUGAUCACGGACAACCGGAAGCACCUGCUUCACAAGCUGCACAUCGGACAACUGCUCAAGACGGCCCUGGACAGCUUCCCUGAGAUCUCAGUGGUUACUGAGCUAAAGAAGGACGGGGAAACGCCAGCCUUCAAGGUGCGCCUCAGCGGGAAGGCCUACAACAGGAAGACCAUGAAGCCCUUUAAGAUGCCCAACAAAGUUCCCCUGGAAUACACGGUGGACCAGCAGAAGACCCAGUGGUUCUCCCUCUACCACUCGUUGCAGCAUUACAAGUACCACACUUACCUCAUGUGUAAAGAUGAGAUAGCAGCUCUGGGGGUGCAGGCAGGCCCGAUGGGCCAGGAUGAGACGGUGCAGAAGUGUCUCCAGAACGGAGCAUGGCUGGAGGGGCUGUUUGAGCGCUUCGGGGAACUGCUCAACCAAGUGCAGCAGGUCUGCCGAUAGCCGCAGAGAAACGGUGGCAAGAAACGGAUAAGUUCACCUCGCCCCCCCCCUAUUCUAGGAUGGAUUUCCCCCAACCUCCCCGGCCAGUGUGUAAUGCAUGAAGGGUGGCUCGGGGCUGUGAUCCCGCCCUGCGUUCAGGGAGGGACUGCGGGCCUGUGUUCUCACACGGAUGGGACGUCAUUACAGGUGUGUAAGCCUGUACGGCGGGGGAAGCCAGGCAGUCGGCACCCCGGCCUGAGUCCUUUUUGGGAAAGCAACUGGACCCGUGGAGGACAGGAAGUGUUUUUGUGCGUCUGUGUUGUUUUUCUGUAGUAGCAAGCCAACAGAGAAAUGGACAUUUUGAUAGAGUUACAUGAUAUGUUUAGUAUUUUUAAACGGUCAGUUUUUUGUAUAAAACAAAAUAUUAGAAAAAUGUUGCUAGAAUUUAACCAACAAGCAUGCACUAGAUGAAUAGAGCAGUUACCCUAGGCCUAGGUAGGAGUGUUUUUUUUUUCUUUUGGUAAAAAAAAAUGUAUGUAUAAUCAUAGAUUUAUAUAUAAACUAUGUAAAACAACCAUUUUUGUAAUGGUGUGCCAAACUCUAUAAACUAUAUAUUCUGUACAUUUUGUAAAGAAAGAAAGAGGUGUGUUAGGAGUGGUUUGCAUAGCAAAUCUUUGAAGAAAGAUUUGCUCAACUAUAGUAUAGAAAAAAACCUUUUUGUCUUUCAAAAAAAACCUUUACUUGUAACACAAUUUUUGAUUCUGAUGGAUUCAGUGCAAUUCCAAUUCUACUUUUAUGAACAUUUUAGUAAUGUUACUACCUUGUUUUAUCUCUGGGCAAAAGGAAAACAAAACAAGAUUAUUCUUUAUAUAACUAUCUACAGGUGUAGUCUGCAUUUUAUCAAAAAAAAUAGAAUUAUUUUUCACAGAAGCACAUAUUGUUAUACCAGUGGCUUGUUCAUUACGUUUUGUAAGAGGCUUUUGCAUUGUUAUUCAGAGAGAUCUUCCUACUUGGACUCUUCAUAGUUUACAUGAGUUGCAACUAUGACGCCGUAUCUAAAGCAUUGUGUUCUAAAGAUGCCGUUUGUAGGUUGCAUGGAAGGUCUAGUCGACGCCAGGAAGGUUUCACCUCUCGUCCCUCACAUUGUUUAAUGUUUAUCAAUGCACACAAUGUGUUUUUAUGGUGUUUGUAUUUCAAUACCAUAUCGUAAAGCUUCAGUCCGUCAUGAAAUGGGCGAAACGAUUCAGUUUCGGCGAGGAUGUCCGUCAUAAAUGUAAUUGUAAAGAACUUUUAGUGCCUACAAACUUACAAACUGCAUCUUUACCACGUUAAUCAUGUAACUGCAUUCAGAAAGUGAUCUUCUUUUCAAGUGUAGGUACACUGCAGAUAUUUUCUGAUGUGAAAAUAAAUUUCCUAAUUAACA